GACUUGCCCUUUUGUUGCCUGAGGAACAGUGUGGUAUCAUGCACCUGAUUUCACCUGGAAUGCAGUCAAUGGCAAUCGGAAUAUUGACCCUCCGCAUUCCAUGUGUGUGGUACCACACCCUCUGACAGUUGUUUGUAUGAUCUGGAAAUCUUGACAACUACAAGUUGGACCACUCCAAACAUGUGUAUAGGUAAGAGGGAGUCUGCCAGGUAAACGAGAUCACACCGCUCAUGCUCACUCUGGUCACAUAGACACAGUGAGUCCAUGGGCGGCAAGUUGGGAGGUGUUGUAUUCCUAUAACUUGCCUACCAUCAUGUUGUACACCUCAUUCCUUUGUCAUUCUCGAUCAAGCACUGUAAACAAAUCAACAUGCCUCGUCAUAUCAUAAAUGAGACUCAUCCUGGUCUUCCUCUCAUCUUGUAUCAUGAGCUGAUUUCAUUCGCUUGCUUUACCAUCUCAAUCACACUCCUUUAUACCUUUACUUCAACAUGAGAUCUGAUCUUUGGCUAUUUGCUACGCUUGGCCUCGCCGAUGCCUGGGUAUUGAGCCCACGCCAGACUCGAGCUUCUCCUCCUUCUCCUUCUACCACUCUUUGGCACCCGAAGACUAAUCAUCCCGAGUUCUUCAGUCUCCGGGUCGAUAUUCCCGCAGGGUGCAGUCCCGAUGCCACUACAGGCAGUGACAACAACUUUGGAGAUGGUGAUGCGGCUGAUUGCACGUUUGUCAACUAUGCGAUUCGACUGGAGAAUGGCAUUGCAAUUGCCACUCCUUACAACCAAUGGUGGGACCCUAAGCUGCCCAUCAUGUUCGUAGACGAUGACACCAAGCUGUAUACUGUCAGCGAGCAGCCCCUGGAGUUUUACAUCGACACAGCUAUGGGUGCGUUGCGCUACGUUCCUGUGGGAUGGCUUCCACCAAACUCGAUUUCCACCAGCUUCUAUCACACCGGAAACAACCUACUCGGUGUAGUCGGUCCCAGCACUGCUUUCCUGAGCUGGCCCUCUACCUAAGGUGUAACUGGCAACGCCUUGUACGACGCGCCGUGGUGGCUCUGCCCUCUCAGACGUACAGGACAAUACCAAGUUUUUGUCAACAACAACAAUUUUGGUCUGAGCAAUUCUGAAGAUAGUUCUUCAGGUGUAUCCAAAGAUGCACAAAGAUGUCAGGUGGUAUCGUUUGCUGCAAUCAACGCCAAUCCAUGGGCGAGGAGCCAGUCUGCCCCACUUUCAUGAACGGGCAAAUACUGAGUGCCCGUUGCACAUUGCUCAUUUUACAAUUAUCUUCUGCUCCUCUUAGUCUUAUUAUUAUUCUCUCUUGAUACUCAUGUUGACUCCUCGUAUGUCAUUCAUACGCUGUUUUGUACGUUAGAUGGAAUCCAAUCUAUAGCAGCUC